GUGCUGUGCCGGCACGAGCGAUGGCGGCCAUCAGGAAGAAGCUGGUGAUCGUGGGAGACGGUGCCUGCGGAAAGACGUGUCUGCUGAUCGUGUUCAGCAAGGACCAGUUCCCCGAGGUCUACGUACCCACUGUGUUCGAGAACUACAUUGCCGACAUAGAGGUAGACGGGAAGCAGGUGGAGCUGGCCCUGUGGGACACGGCGGGACAGGAGGACUACGACAGGCUGCGGCCGCUCUCGUACCCGGACACAGAUGUUAUCCUCAUGUGCUUUUCUAUCGACAGCCCGGAUAGCCUCGAGAACAUCCCCGAGAAGUGGACGCCGGAGGUGAAGCACUUCUGCCCCAACGUGCCCAUCAUCCUGGUGGGGAACAAGAAGGACCUGCGGAACGACGAGCACACGCGGCGGGAGCUGGCGAAGAUGAAGCAGGAGCCGGUGAAGCCAGAGGAGGGGAGGGACAUGGCCAACAGGAUCAAUGCCUUCGGCUACCUCGAGUGCUCGGCCAAGACGAAGGAGGGCGUGCGGGAGGUCUUUGAGAUGGCCACGCGCGCAGGCCUGCAGGUCCGGAAGAACAAGAAGCGCAGAGGCUGCCCGCUGCUGUGAGCGGCCCGGCGGGUCCG